GCCAAUGGAAUCCCAGGACGGUGCAGGCCAGCCUAAUUCCCGCAGCCGCGCCGAGCGUGGGCGGGGUCCUUAGCUGGUUCAGUGUCUCGCGCCCGACAGCGAAGCGGGCGUCUGCACAAGCAACCAGUUCAAGAGCCUGCUGUAAUCCCAUCUCCACUCUCUGAACCUCAACUGAGGACUGGAGACCGGGUGAAUGACUCCGUUGAGGGCAGCAAUGAGGGGUGAAAGAGAGCUUCUCAAUGGCCUUGUAGAAAAAGCUCCCCAAGUCCAAGAUGGUUCUGAACUGGGCAGAUUUCCUCUGGCCCCAGGGCGGGAGAGAUUUGGAACACACACUUGUCAGCAUUGAGAGUGAGGGCUUCCGCCUCGCUGAGACUCCAGCCCUACAGAGCACGUUCAUGGAGCCUGGAACACCAAUAACCAACCUUUGGAGGACAAGCAGACUCCCUCUGGACCUGUAGGGAAAUGCCCCAGCCUCGCCACCAUGGCACGUGGUUUCACAGUGGGCUUUGACCCAUUGGGUCUAGGAGAACUCAGCUCUAGCUCUCUGAGCUCCCUCUCCUCCCGAGGCCAUCUGGGCAGCGACUCAGGCUCCACAGCAACACGAUACUUGCUGAGGAAGCAGCAGCGCCUGCUCAAUGGGCCCCCCCGCGGAAUCCGAGCCUCGUCCCCCAUGGGCCGAGUCAUCCUCAUCAACUCCCCCAUUGAAGCCAACAGUGAUGAAAGUGACGUCAUCCAUGCAGUUCGGGUGGAGAAGAGCUCCUCUGGGAGGCUGGGUUUCAGCGUGAGAGGUGGCUCUGAGCAUGGCCUGGGCAUCUUCGUCAGCAAGGUGGAGGAGGGGAGCAGUGCAGAGCGGGCUGGCCUGUGUGUGGGGGACAAGAUCACGGAAGUGAAUGGGCUGAGUCUAGAGAGUACCACAAUGGGCAGUGCUGUGAGGCUGCUGACCGGCAGCAGCUGCCUGCACAUGAUGGUGCGGCGCAUGGGCCGUGUGCCUGGCAUCAAGUUCUCCAAGGAGAAGACCACCUGGGUGGAUGUGGUGAACCGGAGGCUAGUGGUAGAAAAGUGCAGCCCAGCACCAUGGGACAGCGGCUCAGACGACGGUGUGCGGCGCAUUGUCCAUCUCUAUACAACCUCUGAUGACUUCUGCCUCGGCUUCAACAUCCGUGGGGGCAAGGAGUUCGGCCUGGGCAUCUACGUGUCUAAAGUGGAUCAUGGCGGGCUGGCUGAGGAGAACGGCAUCAAAGUGGGGGACCAGGUCCUGGCGGCCAACGGUGUCAGGUUCGAUGACAUCAGCCACAGCCAGGCUGUGGAAGUGCUGAAGGGCCAAACGCACAUAAUGCUGACCAUCAAGGAGACCGGCCGGUACCCUGCCUACAAAGAGAUGGUCUCAGAGUACUGCUGGCUGGAUAGAUUGAGCAAUGGAACACUGCAGCAGCUGUCCCCAGCCUCGGAGAGCGGCUCCAGUGUCUCCUCCUACGCCUCCAGUGUCCCCUGUAGCUCAGGCUCACUGCCCUCUGACCGCAUGGAUGUCUGCCUGGGGCCUGAGGAGCCCAGUGGCCGUGGCCCAGGCUGGGGACGAGCAGACACAGCCAUGCAGACCGAGCCUGACAUGGACAGCCGUGUGGAGACUUGGUGCAGCGUAAGGCCAACCGUCAUCCUCAGGGACACGGCCAUCCGCUCUGAUGGCCCCUCUUCUACCCGACGCCUUGAUUCUGCUCUUUCAGAGUCACCCAAGACCGCUCUGCUGCUGGCCCUGAGCCGACCCAGGCCUCCCAUCACACGAUCUCAGAGCCACCUGACACUGUGGGAGGAGAAGAAACAGCGGAAGAAGGAGAAGUCAGGGACCCCGGGGGAGAAGGGGGCCUUGCAGCGCUCCAAGACACUGAUGAACCUCUUCUUCAAGGGAGGGCGGCAGGGGCGGCCUGCAGGGGACGGGCAUAGAGAGGCCUGGACACUGGACAGCAGAAGCCCCACCAAAGUCCGCCCUCGCCUGGACCUGGAGAGAGGGAGCGUGGGGCCUGUGCAGAAAUUUGUCACCUGGAGGCUGAGACGUGACCGGGAGAAGGGCCAGGCCCUGCUCUCUGCCAGGUCUGGAAGCCCCUCUGGCCAGCUGCCCAAUGUGGAUGAGCAGGUGCAGGCCUGGGAAAGUCGACGGCCCCUCAUUCAGGACCUGGCCCGGCGGCUGCUGACAGACGAUGAGGUACUCGCAGUCACUCGCCACUGCUCCCGGUUCCAGAGGGCCCCAGUGUCUGUGGGAGUCGGUUUCAGAAGACUCUCGGUGCUGGGGAGGCUGCAGAGUGCUUCUCCCUGCCCCCAGGAGAACUGGACUGUACUGCCGUUCUCUCUCAGGGACCCCAGGGGUCCUGUGUAUGUCCAUGAGGGUGGUGUGGAGGAUCUGGUGCGCCCCCUGCUGGCCAUCCUGGACAGGCCGGAGAAGCUGCUGCUGCUGAGGGACAUCAGGAGUGUGGUGGCCCCCACGGACCUGGGACGUUUUGACAGCAUGGUGAUGCCUGUGGAGUUGGAGGCUUUCGAGGCCCUCAAGAACAGGGCAGUUCGGCCUUCUGCUUUGAGACCAACUAGGCAAGACACGCCACCCAAGCGUCACCUCGUCACCCCUGUGCCUGACAGCCGUGGAGGCUUCUACUUGCUGCCUGUGAACGGCUGCGCAGACGAUGAUGACGGAGAGAUAAGGGAGAGGCUGGGGGGCCUUCAGGUCUCCCUCAGUGCCGCUGCCCCUCGCCGUCACCAUAAAGGAAUCCCCCCUCUACAAGACGUGCCUGUCGACGCCUUCUCCCCUCGCCGAAGCGCAUGCGCACCUCCUCCUGUGGCUCCCCGGCCUCCCAGGCCUAACUGGCUACUCACAGAACCCCGGAGCAAAGAAGACUCUCAGAACCGGAGCCAGACCCCAGCCCAGAGCCGCAGCCGAAGUCGCAGUCGAGGUCGGGGCAAGUCCCCUGGGCGCAGGCGCUCUCCUUCUCCAGCGCCCAUCACCUCCGCCACCACGGUCAACGGGCGCUACCACAGGCCUCGGAAGGCAAGGCCCUCGCUUCCAAGACCUCUAGGUGGGCCGGAGGCCAAGGUGGGAGCUAGGCAAGGGCCCCUGGAGAACGGAAUCGGUGGGGCGGCUGAGGAGACUGCCAGGAAGGCCGCCACUGGAGAGCUGAGGACAGUCACACUAUCCAAGAUGAAGCAGUCUUUGGGCAUCAGCAUCUCUGGGGGCAUCGAGUCCAAGGUGCAGCCCAUGGUCAAGAUAGAGAAGAUCUUUCCGGGAGGCGCCGCUUGCCUCUGCGGGGCCCUGCAGGCUGGCUUCGAGCUGGUGGCAGUGGACGGAGAGAGUCUGGAGCAGGUGACUCACCAACGAGCCGUGGACACCAUCCGCAGGGCGUACAGGAACAAGGCUCGGGAGCCUAUGGAGCUCGUGGUCAGGGUCCCCGGGCCUGGCCUGCUGCCCGUAUCCUCUGCCCCAUUAGCCUUAAAGGACCAGAGCCUUCCUGCUGACAGUUCCUCUGCCCAUGGUCCCCUUGACAACACCCCAAUGCCGCCCCCAGCUGCCUCCCCCCGAGGCCAGGCAACUACAGCAGACUCUCAACCCAGCCCUUCAGACUCCUCAGUGUACCCCCAAGCUCUCCCCUCUUCCUAAGGCUCCCCAGGGCCCUCCCCAUUGGUCUUAGGGACUAUGGCUGCUCCGAUUUCCUGCACCCUUGGGCCGGCCUCCUCUGCCCUAUCUGCAGAGACUGCCACGCUUGUGGUUCUGCACCACCCCAGGCUGUCACAAAGGCUCCGACCUUUUACGAUAAGCUAGAUGUCCAAGAACAAGUGGGGAACCUGUGUCACCUGCUUUCCCUGGUCCUGGACUGCUUUGCAGUGAGGGGACAGACUCAAAUCUGAAGCCUGUGACAGGUGUGAGGUUUUUCAUGCCCCUGGCACCCCAUCCUCUGAGUCCUCAAGGUCACGGCGUCCAUUCCCCAGUCUCAAGCUUCGUUCAGUGCAAAGGAUGGGAUGGACGGCUUCUCUAAUCCCUCAAACCUCACCAAGACUCAUGUUGUGGUCCACUAGGAUCCGGUUUUACCCUUUCUCCCCGUAGGAACUCCAUGAAGUCGGGGAGUAGCCAGCAAACAGAGGAGGCAGGUGUCCCAGACAGAUACCAAACAAGUUCCCCUGCAUUUCUUUACCCAGCAAACUUUUUUAAAAACAAAAGUUUUUUUAAUUUUUCUUUGGGUUUGUACAAGAAAUUUACAGUGUGAAAAAUAUACAAGUGAAAACCAGGCCAUAAACCCGGUAUUAGGAGGGGCUGCUUGGUCACAAACACAAAUAAACAAGACAUUGCUGA